AUGGCUUUGCACUCGAACCCUCGGCGCCCUCCUCGAGGCUCGAAUUACACCUCUCACAGUCGCCGGCUUAAUGGCGCGUCACUUCCGCCCCGAAGACCACCCCAAUCCACCACCAGCUGCUCAGUCUCACAGCGCUCUCAAACCGAUGCAAGCGACACUUCCGGUCCUUCAACAUGGGCAGACAUCACCACAAGCCAUUUAGGCAGUCAAAUUAGUUCGGAUAUCGGGUCAGACGUUACUGGCACGACCACGAGCCCUGAGUAUGGUCCUGAUACAUCUGGCUGGGACGGAACUCCACCUCCGAUGCCGGUUGAAGCCCACGAGCAGUGGCCAUCUCUGGACAGUAAGACGGGCAACAAGGUUCACGAGGAUCUAUCAGCGAAAGACAUGCUCCACGAUCUUGCGCGUUCUUCCCCACAGACUACUCUUCAGCCGGCUCUCACUCCGGUGCCACGCAGGCAGCAGAACCAAGCCAGCAGAGUCCUCCCUACGGGUCCUCCGACCGAUGAAGCCGAGCUAAUCGAUCUCGGCGGUUCCGCUACUGCGCAACACUGCCAGGCGGCCUCUGGCGCCCCCAACAACGAGAAACAGCCAUACAAGCCCUCUCCACCUCGGGAAUCCCCUGUACGGCCUCGCACAUUCCACGAAAUUGACCAAGAGGAAGUGCAAAGAAAGGUAGCAGCUCAGGAGGCCUUCAUGGAACCGCUGAAGGAGCCAAGUCUUGUCGACGGAGGUCUCCUCAACGCCACAGAAGCCAUGCGCGCUGCCGAAGCGACAAUGGGAGUGGCGGUGGAGUCGAAACGUAAGGGCAAGGGCAAGAAGAAGAAGGAAUGGCUGAACUUGACGCCAUUCAUUCAGUACUGA